GUGGUGCAGAAGCAGAACUUGCAGAAGUUACGGAAUAAUCCCCCUGACAUUAAGAUAUCGAAGAAAAGAAGCGCAGCUCCGCCGCCAUUCUUGCGCCGUCGCCAGUAGGUGGGGAGAGACGUAUCGAUGUUUGACCUGCUCUUGAUUCAAUGUAUUUUACAACUUGUAAAUAAGUAGAAGUUAUCCAAUAGUAAUUAUUGAUAUAGUAUAUCGCCAUGGCUGAGUAUCUGGCCUCGAUUUUCGGGACCGAAAAGGACAAAGUCAAUUGUUCCUUUUACUUUAAAAUUGGAGCAUGCAGACACGGUGAUCGAUGCUCCAGAAUUCAUAACAAGCCAACUUUCAGUCAGACUUGUUUGUUGCAAAAUUUGUAUGUAAAUCCUCAAAACUCGGCAAAAAGUGCAGAUGGCUCGCACUUGGUCGCAAAUGUAUCAGAUGAGGAAAUGCAAGAGCAUUAUGACAAUUUCUUUGAGGAUGUAUUUGUUGAAUGCGAGGAUAAAUAUGGUGAAAUCGAAGAAAUGAAUGUGUGUGAUAAUUUAGGAGAUCAUUUGGUAGGCAAUGUGUAUAUUAAAUUUAGACGCGAAGAGGAUGCCGAAAAGGCAGUGAAUGAUUUAAAUAAUAGAUGGUUUGGAGGAAGACCAGUUUAUGCUGAAUUAUCACCUGUAACAGAUUUUAGAGAAGCUUGCUGUCGACAGUAUGAGAUGGGAGAAUGCACAAGAUCAGGAUUCUGCAACUUUAUGCACUUGAAGCCAAUUUCUCGCGAUCUGCGAAGAUAUUUGUACAGCCGUAAAAAAGGAGGUGGCAGAGGACGAUCAAGAUCGCGUUCGCGAUCUCGUGGUCGUGGUAGUGGUGGAGGUGGAGGUGGAGGUGGAGGUGGAGGUGGUGGAGGAGGUGGAGGAGGAGGUGGUGGUAGUGCUGGUGAACGUAAGCGCAGAUCGCGAUCGCGCGAACGUAGAUCAAGAUCAAAGGAAAGACGCAAGGGCAGAGAUAGCCGUUCAGGCAGAUAUUGAUUUCAAACGGACUUUUUCUAGCUCCACAAGUAUGAUAUGCUGUUCUUUUGAAACAGGUUCUAAACAGACACGUGUACAUGCAUUGCAUAAAAAUGCUACACAUCAAAGAAUUAUUUGGAUUAUGAUAAGCUUAGUACCAUACACCAUUUUAAUUUAAGCAUCAUGAAAUCAUGAGAUGUACUGUUUAUAAUAUGACCAAUAUGUUCAAAUAAAUUUUGAUAAAUGUUGGAUGAUUUUUA